UUUAAGUGGCAAUUUGCAUCAUUUUGGGAUCUGACAUCUUGCCAAGAUGGCCAUGCAUAUUAUGAGAGCAAUUGUUGACAAAAUUUAACAUUGAAUGAGUUUUUUUCAAAAUCCAUUGUAUUUCCUUAACUCUCCGGGAAAAGGUUCAUGUUUAUCUUAAAACUAGAAAGUAAUGUUAAUAAAUUUGCUGGACAAAAUAAUGCCGAACGAAUACCGCCAGAUGUUAUGUCGCAAGAGUUUCGCCAAAAGGACCUUGAGAUUUUAUAGCUUUUCUGUACUUAAAAUGUAUAACUUUAAUUAGAAAGCCACGAUAUUCUGAGUCAUCGUCGAGAGUCACGGGAUUUGAAGUCAUCUUCUGGGAUUGAUUAUAAGCAAUUACUACCCGGGGCAGGAGUCAGAACUGCUCUGACGAAAGGACCAACCGCACAGCCCAAAAUCGCGCUAACGGCCGAUCGAUUGAUUUCAAGCACCGCACAGCUCUUGGUCCACCUCUGCUGAUUGUCAUCAUGUCUCCUGUUACCGCCUGCCUGCUGGCCCUGCUGACGGUGGGGUUCCUCGUGGUCAAGCACGACGCCUCGGUGCUCCAAGAGGUACAAGCUGACGCCUCGGCGGUGGAAGAAGCCGAACGUGCCACUAGUGUGUCAGACAAGAUAACGCAGCUGACCCAGGACAUGGAGACAUGUGCAAACAACGAAGACCUGGACUGCUUUAUGGCGUUUUUUGACGAUAAUGUCCGAGCGAUGCGGGGCGAUCACCCAGUUCUGAUUGGAAAAACAGAGGCCCGAAAACACAUGACGUGGAUACAGCAUGAUUUUGACGCGACCUUCGCUGCGAAGGAGAUCAUACCUACAGACGGGUCCUACGUUGUGGAGCGGAUGGAAGUCAUCAUGAAUUUCCCCAACGGAACUUCUAUCUUUAACGGGAAGGGAGUGCUUGUUUGGAAGAAAGUCAACAGCGACUACAAGAUCUACAUAGACAUCUUUAAUGACAACUAACACGCGGCAAAUUAAAACUGACGGCACGGAAAGAAACAGAUUGAGCAACAAUGGGAAUUACUGAAUAGUUUAUGAAUUACUAAAUUUGAACACUGAAGGUGUAUUAAUACAACCAAGUACUACUGUCGUAAUUUGAGUUUUAAGUAAAUGGUGAUGGGUCAAAUAUAUGUAACCUGCUAUAUCACAAUGAGGAAUAACCCCUCUUUUGACUUUACAAGUUUUUUUAGUUGCGUACAUCAUUUUAAAGCGCAAAUCAUUGGCUUUCCAGUGAUACCAAAUUUAUUGCUAUAGCUUAUUAUUCUAAAGACAUGCCGCAGGAACUUCAACGGUGUCCCGCCGAAUUUUGCUAACCCCAUUUCGAAAAAAACGGCUUUGAAAAAAAGAAAUACGCCUUGCGCCAGCAACGGCAGUCGAAAUCGUUGUUCAGUUUCCAACUUUUGGGAAUAUUUUUUCUCAACAAAAAUACAUAGUGUGAAACUCUGAUACCUUGGCUACUCAAAAAUAAGAAAACAACAAUAUUGAUUUUGACAUAAUUUUUUUAGUGUACCCAACUUCAGGCGUUGACAACUCAAACAUGGUUUUGGGGGACAUUCCUCAUUUCGCCACAGUAGGUCACAUAUUAAAGGUAGAGAAGUAAAUGUUGUAGGCCCUAGUCCAUUUGAAAUUGAAAAGACCGAUACAGUCAGCCCCGCCCACUGUGCGUGUGAGUGACAACACGUGCGCAUACACGGGCGCGUACCACUGAUUACAAGCGCCCAUUGGCUUAGCACGCAAUGGUUCCAUUGAGUUAUACUUAGAAAUAACAUUAUGAAUGGUUCCAAUGCUACUCCGUGUACAGUGGGCGUGGUUUAAGUUCAAAUGACGUCACACUUAGGAAGGGCCCAAUUUCAUGGCUCUGCUUUACUGUUGCGAAAAAUGUCUGCUUUUAUUUUACAAAUGUAGCAGAAAAUGUCGUGCUACGGUAAGCAUAUUUCACGGGUUACCGAGGAAUCUUGGCUUGUGCGCAAGUGUACACCCCGUAUCUAAGGAUUCUGUGCUAACGGGAUUUGGCACCAAAUUUUCUGCUGGCGCGGUUAGCACAAAAUGAUGAUCGUCAGCACGAAAAAUCUUUGGUCCACAGAGCCAUGAAAUUGGGUCCCGGAUAUGCACCAUUGUAUGCUAUUAUAGGCUGCAGACCAGUAAAUCGGUCCGAAAUUUGCCUACGCCGGCCAAAUCACGAUUUGCAUGCCCUCAAAAUCUUCAG